ACAAUAUCAGCUCGAGCGCGCCCAGUCCGGUAAAUCUGGAGGCGUGAAUCUCUUAAACAAGUUGAAUGGUUUUUGAACCAUUAGUGUCAACCAUCUAAACUCAUGUUUUGAUCUGUGGAGGGACGUGUUUACCUCGUUCAACUGAGUGAACGAGAAAUGAAUUCACUCUUAAGAAAAAGUGUCUCAGGGAAUUUUUCCCUUCCUCCCACUACUUUGAUACCGAGGUCUGAGAAGGAAGUGAAUUUCAGCUGUCUCUUCAAUGAGGAGUUCAAGUAUAUUCUGCUACCUGUAUCAUACUCCCUGGUGUGUUUUCUAGGACUGAUACUUAACUCUGUGGCUCUGUGGAUGUUCAUCACUAAGAUGAGGCCCUGGAAACCCAGUACAAUUUAUAUGUUCCACCUGGCCCUGUCCGACACACUCUACGUGCUCUCCUUGCCUAUGCUUAUAUACUACUAUGCAAACCGCAGCCACUGGCCUUUUGGUGUUUUUCUCUGUAAGAUUGUGCGAUUUCUAUUCUAUGCCAACUUGUACUGCAGCAUCCUGUUUCUUACUUGCAUCAGUGUGCACCGCUACCUUGGAAUUUGUCACCCCAUUCGUACUCUGACUUUGGUUAAGCCACGCCAUGCCCACAUGGUGUGUGGUUUUGUCUGGAUAGCUGUGAUAGCCUGCCUGGUGCCCAAGCUGAGUUUCGUCAACACUUCUCAGAGAGGAAAUGAGACUUUGUGUCACGACACCAGCCGCCCGGACGAAUUUCACAACUACGUUACCUACAACUCCGUGGUGAUGGUCCUGCUGUUUAUCCUGCCAUUUCUGAUCAUCAUGGUUUGCUACUGUUUAAUGGCGCGGGCCCUUUGUCAACCACGAAAGGGCCUGUCCCAAAGUCAACAGAGUUCAUCCCGGAAGAAGUCCAUUAAACUUAUCAUAGUGGUGCUGGUUGUGUUUGCGAUCUGCUUUGUACCCUUCCACAUCACCCGUUCGUUCUACUACGGCUACCGUAUUCUAGACGCAGAUUGCAGGUCCCUUAAUAUAGUCAACUUUGCUUAUAAAAUCACUCGUCCACUUGCUAGCAUGAAUAGCUGUUUGGACCCCAUCCUCUACUUUCUGGCAGGGGAUCAGUACCGCGCUAAACUCAUCAGAGCGUUCACUAGACAAACUCCGAACACUCGUUCUACUGCGUAUGUGCAUGAAAACAACAUCGGGCUGGCCUUUAAGAACCCAGAUGCCCACGCUGGCACUGAGUCGAGACUCUAGAGUCACAUACCCAGACAUUUUGGGUAAUCAUUUAAAAAGCAGUUCUGGAAGACUGCCUCAAAUUUGGUAAGACAUCCCAAGUGCUCUCUAUCAACAGUCAAGUCUUCUACAGCCACAGACAUAUGCUUCCAAAAGAAUUCAGGACAGUCUCUCGUUGUAAACACUACACAUAGAUAAAAGUAAAGGAAUCUAUUUGGAGAAAGGAUGUGGUUUACUUCCUUUGUGCACUCUUAAUGAUUUUUUUCAUUCAGUAUGAUUGCUGGUAGUGUAGUGCACAGGAACUGCAGCUCGUUUUAUAAAAGCCCUGAUGGCCAAUCACUCCUGGUCACUUGUAAUGUUGAAGUUUCUCACUGUUGGUCAAGGACACAACUUGGCAGUGUUGGGGUUCUGUCAACGCUGAAAACAAAACUCACUCUAUAUCCCAGAGAUGGACUCUGGCCUGUGACUGUUACUACA